AUGAGCACAGGCUACCUCACACCAAUUAUCCAGCUACCUCCAGGCCACUUCCUUUACUCUUCAGAAAGUGUAAAUGAAGGCCAUCCUGACAAGCUCUGUGACCAGAUUUCAGAUGCUGUUGUUGACGCAUGCCUUGCUCAAGACCCUAACUCAAAAGUUGCAUGCAAAUCAUGCACUAAAACCAACCUAGUCAUGAUUUUUGGAGAAAUUACAACAUCUGCUGUAGUGAACUAUCAAGAAGUCGUGAGAAAUACCUUGAGGCAGAUUGGCUAUGACAGUGACGAAAAAGGAAUUGACUGCAAUAACUGCGAGGUCAAGGUAAAAUUUAUUAUAUUAAAUUUGAAAAUAGUCAUGAUUUUUAAUUUAAUAGGGCAUUGGCCUUCUUGGCCAUAGAAAUUCAAUUAAAAGCGUAUAGUUCUUGAGCAGCAAGAUAGUGAAAUUGCAGAUGCUGUGCAUAGAAAUAAAGCCAUCGAAGAUAUAGGAGCAGGUGAUCAAGGCUUGAUGUUUGGCUAUGCCACUAAUGAAACUCCAGAAUGCAUGCCGCUAUCUCAUAAGCUUGCGACUCAUCUAGGAAUAAGAUUGAGAGAUUUAAGAAAGAAUGGCACCUUAACUUGGCUCAGACCUGAUGGAAAAACACAAGUCACUGUAGAGUACAGAAAAGAAGGAGGGCUUGUGAUCCCUGUUAGAGUCCAUACUAUUCUUAUAUCAACUCAGCAUGAGCCUUGGGUCACUAAUGAGCAAAUAAGAAGUGACUUAAUGAACCAUGUUAUUAUUCCAGUUGUUCCAGCCCAAUAUUUAGAUGAAAGAACCAUUUAUCAUUUAAAUCCUUCAAAUUCAUUUACAUCAGGAGGUCCAAAAGGAGAUGCAGGGCUUACUGGAAGGAAAAUCAUUAUUGAUACUUAUGGAGGAUGGGGACAUCAUGGUGGCGGUGCUUUUUCAGGAAAAGACCCAACGAAGGUAGAUAGAUCAGCUGCUUAUGCUGCUAGAUGGAUCGCAAAAUCGCUCGUGAAAGGAGGAUUUUGUGAUAGAGUAAAUAUUCAAGUCUCUUAUUCAAUUGGAAUUGCUUAUCCGUUGUCUGUAACUUUGGAUAGCUAUGGGACUGCUAAGGAUGGAAAAACUGAUGAAGAUCUUUUGCAUAUUGUUCUGAAAAACUUUGACUUGAGACCUGGGUGCAUCAUAAGAGAUCUUAGACUUAACAGACCAAUUUACCAAAAAACUGCUUCGUAUGGGCAUUUUGGGAGAGAAGGUGAUUCUGAUUUUUCAUGGGAAAUUCCAAAAGAUCUUUCUCAUGAGAAAUAA